ACCUAAUCAGAGAUUCUCGUACAAUUCUGCGGGACUCCACUCGACCGGACCAAAACUGGCUACGAAAUUCGGAGAUUCGGAUGGAUUUCUCGCUUCUCCGCAGUUUGGACGCGCUCAAACCUUCCCACCACCUCCUCCCCCUCCUCCCAACAGUCACCACGUCGCACUACCGAGCCAUGUCCUCCGCUACCAACCUCCGUUUAUUGUCGUGGGACUGCGCCGAGGACCCGCUGGAUUUCGGUGCGUUCGCCGACACCUCGUUUCUCCCGCUCCAGCGGCGCGCGGCGACGCGGAAACGCGCGGUGUCGUCGGAGGCCGUUCAGGUGCGCGCCGUUGACAAGCUGGGUGUUGGCGCGGUGGAGGGAGAUGAGAAGGCACGCGCCGCCAAGAAAGGGAAUUCAAAUAAUCAUUCGGAUAAUAAGACUGUCAAAAUAAUGACAUACAAUGUAUGGUUCCGAGAGGAAUUGGAACUGAUUAGAAGGAUGAAUGCUAUUGGAGAUCUUAUCCAGCAUCACAGCCCAGAUCUCAUAUGCUUCCAGGAGAUCACUCCAAACAUUUACCUGCUUUUCGAGAAAUCAGACUGGUGGCAAGCAUACAAAUGCUCCUUGCCGCAUAAGAUGGCCAUGGAAAGAUCAUACUACUGCAUGCAGAUGAGCAGGUUGCCGGUGAAGUCGUUUGACCGCAAACCAUUCUUGAACUCAAAGAUGGGACGGGAGCUGUGCGUAGCCGAUGUGACCGUUGGAGGUUCGAUCGAGCUGGUGCUGGCUACAAGCCACCUGGAGAGCCCAUGCCCCGGACCUCCGACGUGGGACCAGAUGUUCAGCAAGGAAAGAGUAGCUCAGGCAAGCGAGUCUUUGAAAACUCUGGGAGCCUUCCGCAACGCAAUACUCUGUGGGGACAUGAACUGGGACGACGAAGGAGACGGGCCCUUCCCGCUCCCAGAAAACGGGGGGUGGGUCGACGCCUGGGCUGAGCUGAAGCCCGGCGAAGAUGGCUGGACCUACGACACGAAGGCCAACGCCAUGCUGACGGGUAACCGUAAGCUGCAGAAGCGGCUGGACCGGUUCGUGUGCAAGCUGCCGGAUUUCAAGGUCGAGAGCGUCGAGAUGGUCGGGGAGGAAGCCAUACCGCGCGUCACGUACGUCAAGGAGAAGAAGGCUCGCCGGGAGAUUCGUCAGCUGGUGUUGCCUGUCUUGCCCAGCGACCACUUCGGGCUUGUUCUGACUAUCAGCUCAGUCUCUGAAGAUCUGAUCGAUCAUGGUCCAGAGACUACCCUUGAUGUGUAAUAGUCAUGCAAUGGCCCUCUUUUUGUAUAUACUCUUAGGCAGUAGCAUCUCCUAACUUCCU